GACACUAACCAAUACGCAAAGCACAUCUUUCUUUUAGGCUUUGUUUUCUUGGCUCUUUGAAACCUUUAAUCCAUUCCCUCCCCCUUUCACUCCUCCAUUAAACGACGAAAACAAUAACAGAAACAGCUAUCGACAACAAAAAAGAAAAAAAAAUAAAAAAAAGGAAGCAAUCAUUUAUCAUUGUUCAAUCUCUCUCUCUCUCUCUCUCUCUUGCUUGGAUCGGAUCUCAAUUCUGAAGUAUUCUUCAGUGAAACAGAAAGGCACUCACUCACACACAUAUACACUCACAAAUAACAAAGUUAAUUUACUUUCUUUCCUUGUGACCUGUUUUUGGCCUUUUGGGGUCCUUGUGUGUGUGUGUUUUGGUUGUAACAGUCAUGCAAGAUUGCUGUCUCUGCAUUGCCUUCUCUCUUCUUUAAUCAGCUACAUCUCAGAACAUUGCUGUUGUCGAGAUAUUCCAUGGAGUCGUUUGUCAAUGGGAUUGAAUCUUCAUCACAGACUCAGAAUUCAGCAUCUAAAGUAGGCAGCCACCCGCUUUCCACAUCUGUCAUGUCUCGCCCUUCUCGGCCUCCAACUCUGAAACAGUCUAGACAUGAAGGGGCUUCUUCCGGUGCAUGCUAUGCAAGUUCAUCCAAUCAUGGCAUCAAGACUGUCCACCAUUCAAAUGGUUCUGUAAUCUAUCCGAAGAAUUCCUACAAAACAGCGCAUGAUGGUAUCCGGCAUGAAGAAUUUCUUAGUACGGCAAAAUAUUUCUUUAGUCCUCAUAAGGGCAAAUCUGAGUUUGCAAGCUCGACUGAAGUUGUUAGUCAAUCAGCAGAAUCUUCUCCUGAGAAUAAGGUUUCUAUGGCGGAGAACAAUUCCUGCAUCAAACCUCCCAUGGAUGAUCCAAAGAGCUCUAAUUCCAGUGGCUCACUUGAAUCUGGAAGUAUUGUCUCAGGCCCAUCCGAAGCAGAUGCUGGGCAGCUUAACAAUCACAUAGUAUCUCAAUCAGCUUUAAGCUUCUGUCCAAGUCCUUCAAACAGCAUCUAUACUGCCACUCUCUAUGCAGAGGCCAAACAAAGUUUCACCAACACAGAAGUAAGUGAAGAAGCAAGCAUUGUUGAGAAGUCUGUUGAAAGUGGUGAGGUAAGCAACUCCUAUGAUAACGAGAGCAGGAAAAUGAGCCUCUAUAGAGGCAGCACUGAUAGUGAUAUUAGUGAUGAAAGCAGUUCCAGUAGUUUAAGCAGUGCAUUAUACAAGCCCCACAAGGCAAAUGAUAUAAGAUGGGAAGCAAUUCAAGCUGUCAGAUCUCAUGCGGGAGCAUUGGGGUUCAAUCACUUUAAAUUGUUGAAGAGACUAGGAUGUGGAGAUAUAGGCAGUGUUUAUCUAUCAGAGUUGAGUGGUACUAGAACUUGUUUUGCAAUGAAAGUUAUGGAUAAAGCAGCUCUAGCUGCACGGAAAAAGCUUUUAAGGGCUCAGACUGAACGAGAGAUCCUUCAAUCUCUGGAUCAUCCAUUUCUACCCACGCUAUAUUCACAUUUUGAAACAGAAAAGUUCUCUUGCUUGUUAAUGGAGUUCUGCCCUGGUGGGGACUUGCAUGCACUGAGGCAACGCCAACCUGGGAAGUACUUUCCAGAGCAUGCUGCCAGGUUUUAUGUUGCAGAAGUGCUCCUUGCUUUGGAAUACUUGCACAUGCUUGGGAUCAUUUACAGAGACCUCAAACCAGAGAAUGUUUUGGUGAGGGAAGAUGGACAUAUAAUGCUUUCAGAUUUUGAUCUCUCUCUAAGAUGUGCUGUCUGCCCUACUCUGGUAAAAUCAUCGAACACCAGCUCAGAGUCGAAGAAUUCAGCGUAUUGUGUGCAGCCUGCCUGCAUUGAGCCAACUUGUGUAAUACAACCAGAUUGCAUUCAGCCAGCAUGUUUUGGACCACGCUUCUUCUCAACCAAGGCCAAGAAAGGUAAAAAGAGCAAGUCUAAGAAUGAGAUGAAUCAUCAAGUAAACCCUCUGCCUGAGCUCAUGGCCGAACCCACAAAUGCUCGUUCAAUGUCUUUUGUGGGUACGCAUGAGUACUUGGCCCCUGAAAUAAUUAAAGGUGAGGGCCAUGGAAGUGCUGUAGAUUGGUGGACAUUUGGGAUAUUUCUCUAUGAGCUUUUGUUUGGUAAAACUCCUUUCAAGGGAGCAGGAAAUCGAGCUACACUAUUUAAUGUGGUUGGCCAGCCAUUAAGAUUUCCAGAAUCACCUACUGUGAGCUUUGCAGCUAGGGACUUGAUAAGAGGUUUACUCGUGAAGGAGCCACAGCAUCGUCUUGCUUAUAGACGGGGAGCCACUGAAAUAAAACAGCAUCCAUUCUUUCAGAGCAUCAAUUGGGCGCUCAUUCGUUGUACAAAUCCUCCGGAGGUGCCAAAACAAGCAAUAAUGGAAUUUCUAAUGAGAGCUGAUUCUCCAAAAGCCCCCACAGAUGUGAACGUGCCAGGUGUUGAUGUGAAGCCUUCUGGUAAUUAUUUAGAGAUAGAUUUCUUUUAGGUUUUGUGAUUGGUUUCUCUCAACGGACCAGUUUCCAUCACCACAUCUUAGUAUUUUUCCUCGAUGGUUCAUUUUCCAUUGUAAGGGUAUACAAAUCCAUUGUUCCCUUUUCCAUUGUAAGGGGAUACAAAUCCACUGUUCCCUUGAUGACACAUGUAACUGCCCUUUGAGUCCUGGCACGGUAAAUAACUCUUGAGGAAAUGCAAGUGCAGUUGAAUGAGGAAUGAAAAUGCUUUAUCUUUCCCUUCUGUCAAACCUAUGCUUCUUUUACUCGGUCACUAUGAAGUUGGUUCAAUAUCCAGAAAUAUUGGACAGAGCAUUGUCUCUCCAUUGUUUCAUUCUGAACUUAGGAUACCUGGGAUUGUUGUAUGGAAGAAGAAAGGAAUUGUAACCAAAGAACAGGCCAUUGUGAAUCUUUCGUUUUUCAUUUUCUUGAGAAUGAUCAAUGUGAAUCAGUAUAGAAAGCUACUUUGUGGAGGAUGUUACUGUUUUAUCUGUGUUCUUGAAGCCAUUGGCCUUUUUCCUGUUUUACUUUGGAAAAUCACUCGGCAGCAUGUUUUCAUAUCAAUAUACCCUUUUGUUUGUGCGGUA